AUGAGACGAUCUGGGCCCCAAAUGGGCAUUUCGAGAGGAACAAAAGCCAGAACAACUAGGGAGACCCCACGUCCCCCUGCUGCUGCUGAACUCGGGGGUGCAGCGAAGAGGAGCAGGAAGCAGCUACCUGCGGCAGACUGGGUACUCGGGUCCGUAGGGACAACAGCACAAGCUGAAGCGACACCAGCGGAAGAGGAAGCAGGGCAGGAUGUGUUCAAGAAGCACCUAAAGCACAUCAUCCUGCAGCUGACGCAGAGCAAAGACAGGACGCCGAAAGUUGACGUGUCGCUGCAGACACGGGAUACAGCAGAGCUCUUCUUGGAGUACCCUACUUUGCCCCCCGUCCUCUCCACAUGCAUCGCUCACGGGCCUUCUUCAGACGCUGGGAGGGCACUCAAGCGGGACGGGCACUUCUGCCACUGUGGGGCCCCUCUGGAAUCUUCAAACGGGCGCGAGGGGGCAGAGGGGGCCUUUUUUUCUAGGGCCUCGUUUCCCGCCACAGGGGAUCCUCGGGUGGUUAGGGCCUUGAGAGUUGCUACGUCCGGGGUGUCGCACGCAGCACGGCACUUCCCCAGUGUUUUAUUGAGGUCAAAGGCCUUCCCAGCAGUAGCGAAAUCAGGCAGAGCCACAACAGCCACUAUCGGGUCCAACGGUAAGAGUGGAGGGAAGCCAGAACUCUUUCAAGAGGCUGUCGAGCGUGAAGAAACUCAGGAAGCAGAUAGUGUUGCGGGGGCCCCCUCACGUUCAGCAGCGGAGGGUCUUUUAGAGCCCCCCUCGACAAGUUCCCCGUAUAAAUCUUCGUACCGUGUAAGCGCCUCCACUGGGCCCCCUCUAUCCUUUUGUGAGCAGCGUGUUGCUGGGCUACCCCUUUCUGGAGCAGCUCCGCUGCUGGUUCUGCUUGGGGGAUCUUCUGGCAGCGGGAAGAGCACGCUGCUACCGCUGUUACUGCAUCUGUUGUCCCUUACCUAUCCUUCCCUGAGCGCCCUUCGCCUGUGGCAUCAAGGGGGAGGAGGGGAGCGCUCCCAGGAGGGCCCCAGGCCAUACACCCUAAUAUCUACUGAUGCACUAAGACAAGUUCUCAGGGUUCUCAACUCAACGCCGAAGGGUGCACGCACUCCUGCAGUGGCCGUGGACGUCUCCGAGCGGUCCUUGGUCCGUAAGCUCCUCUUUAGCAGCACGUACAGACUAAAGGGUCUCGCCGAGCAACAGAUGCAAGGGGGGGGGGCCCUAGCGGCGACGGAAGGAAAAGACUCAGAAGCAGCGGAUGUCAAAGAGUUAACAGGACCAUCAGGAGAGAUCGAACACCGCUGCAGCGAGUGGGAGGCCCUAAUGCGUGCGGUAGAAGAGGAUAUGAGGGAAGAGUUAAGUGCUCUUCGGGGGUUCCCUAACCCGGUGCCUUGUCAGUCUUGUGGCGAAAGGGCCCCUUGUUGCGCCCUUUUGGGAAUGCUCCAGCAGGCGAUAUUGCUGCAGCGGCUCAUUCUCGAACCCCUUGUUACUUCCCUAAUGGACUCCUCUUGCGACGUACAGGAGCCUCCAUACAUGGGGAAGCCUUUUCCGGGGCCUUCAGAAGUGGGGGAGUCCCCCCAAGCCCUUCAGCUUGUGCUGGUCGAAGGAAUACAUCUUACCCCGGGUUUCAUUUCGCGGAUGCAGAAGCGUUAUGGAGCGCGCUGCUUGUCGUUGGUUGCAUUUUGUUACUCCCUAGAGGAGCAUACUCGACGCCUGACAAAGAGAGAAAAUGAUGAAGAGGAAGCUCCCAGCAUGCAAUACCAAACGCCACCCAGCAGCAAAAACAACUACAGCAGCAGGAGUGGCAUCAAACCGACAAAUUGCAAGUCCAGCACUGGCAUGUAUCUCCACAAUAUGUCUUGCAUCCGAUGUGCCCAGUUGUUCCUGUGCGCCGCGGCUGCCUCUACGUUGGGUAGCAACAGCAGCACUGAAAAGAGCACCAGCAACCACAAAAACAGCACAAAAGUCAGCCGUAGCAGCAACGGCUGCACCGACUUCCCUGGUAGAAAUGCAGCAAGCUUCUUCCUCAGCGAGGCUUCAGACGCGACAGCAGGACCUGCAGAAGUUUUAGUGCAGAAGGCCAACUGGUUAAGCCUUCUAAGAAAAGCUGUUCUAGAGGCCCCCGGUAGGGGCCUCGCCUCCUCUUGGGAGGCUCCCCGAGCGUACCCCAUAGCUACUGACGACAUGCUGAACAGCCUCUAUUUGGUGCAACAAGUGGCUGUAAAACAGUGGGGAACCCCUAAAGGAGGCCUUGGCCUUUCCACUACGGCUGCUCCGGCUCCCUAG